AAAGUUUUUCGAUGAACCGCGAAUAAAAUAAAUACGUAUGUCUAGUAUACAUCUCACUUUACCUUCGCCAUACUUGUAUCGAGUGACAUCAUUCUAUGGAACCCAAAUUUAAGAAAGAGAAAGAAAGUAAACGUGAAGGAGAAUAUGUUCACUACGUGAAGCGUAAGUCAGAGAAGGAAGAAUAGAACUACUGAGGAUUCAGAGCACAGCGCUCAGUCGUUAACGAAGCAUCGAAAUUGUUGGUUCGGUAGUACUUGUGGACAAGCUUAGAACGUAAUUCCUAGAAUAAAUAAAAAUGAUUUACCAAAUUAAGAAUGCCAGUGAUUUAAAAAAUCAGCUUGAAAAAGCUGGAGAUCAAUUGGUUGUAAUUGAUUUUUUUGCUGUGUGGUGUGGUCCAUGCAAAAUAAUUGGACCUAAAGUAGAAGAGUUAUCACUGGAAAUGGAAGAUGUUAUUUUUUUGAAAGUUGAUGUAGAUGAAUGCGAAGAUAUUGUUGGUGAAUAUGAAAUUACCAGUAUGCCUACCUUUGUUUUCAUCAAAAAUAACAAAGUGCUGGAAAACUUUUCUGGUGCUAAUUAUGAUAAACUUAAAAACACAAUUCAGAAACACAAAUAAAUAAUUUUAAUAAUAAAAAUAUUUUUAAACAGAAUUAUCUAUUAAUUAAUAUUAAUCAACAAAAA